AUGGAUGUGAAAGAGGAGCCGCGUGAGGCUGACAUGAAUAUCAUGGAGCAGAGGACCAUAAAUAUUAAGGAGGAGGACAGUGAGUGGGAGAGUGUCCUCCCUAAACAGGAGAGUCUGGACAUUAAGGAAGAGGACUGUGAAGUGGGGUCAGUGAGCGAUGAAGAGGAGUGUGUCAGCACUGAGGUACACCACUAUAGGAAUACUGAGAGUGACAAGGAAGAUGACCUUCAUUAUGAACAUCAAGGUGGAGCAGUGAUCGGGUUAGUCUCUUCUCAUAGCAGACACUCUUCAUCACCGGAGUCAUCUAUCAAUGUAAAAUAUGAAUCAUUACAGUCUGACACAAAGAUGACUUUAGAAAUUUCAUCUCCUAAAAUUCAGGAAAGUCGGCCACCACCUAAGACCUCAUCUAAAAGAAGCCACCAAAGAAUUCACACAGGAGAGAAGCCGUAUUGCUGUUCAGAAUGUGGCAAACAAUUCUUCCACUGUAAUACUCUUCUGAUACACAUGAAAAUCCAUGCAGGAGAGAAGCCAUAUUGCUGCUUUAAAUGUGGAGAACAAUUCUCUGGCUGUAGUGAUCUUCAGACACACAUUAAAACUCACACAGGGGAGAAUCUGUAUUGCUGUUCUGAAUGUGGAAAACAAUUCUCUAGCGGUAGUUAUCUUCAGAAACACAUUAAAACUCACAUAGGAGAAAAGCCGUACUCUUGCUCUGAAUGUGGCAAAAAGUUUUCACAGAGAACCGGCCUUAAGAACCACCAAAGAAUUCACACAGGGGAGAAGCCGUAUUGCUGUUCUGCAUGUGGCAAAAUGUUUUCACAGAGAAGCCAUCUUCAGAGCCACCAAAGCAUUCACACAGGACAGAAGCCAUAUUGCUGUUCUGAAUGUGGGAAAAGGUUUUCAAAGAAAAGCUAUCUUCAGAGCCAUCAAAGAAUUCACACAGGAGAGAAGCCAUACUGCUGUUCUGAAUGUGGCAAAAAGUUUUCACAGAGAAAUUAUCUUCACCGCCACCAAGGGAUUCACAAACGAGAGAAGCAAUUUUGCUGCCCUGAAUGUGGAAAACAAUUCUCUUUCAAUAGUUAUCUUCAGGCACAUAUUAAAACUCACACAGGAGAGAUGCCGUAUUGCUGUUCUGAAUGUGGCCAAAAGUUUUCACGGAGAUGCUAUCUUCAGAGCCACCAAAGAAUUCACACAGGGGAGAAGCCAUUUUGUUGUUCUGCAUGUGGCAAAAUGUUUUCACAGAGAAGCCAUCUUCAGAGCCACCAAAGGAUUCACACAGGGGAGAAGCCAUUUUGCUGUUCUGCAUGUGGCAAGAAGUAUUUACGGAGAAGCGAUCUUCGGAGCCACCAAAGAAUUCACACAGGGGAGAAGCCAUUUUGCUGUUCUGAAUGUGGAAAAAAGUAUUCCGACAGAAGAUAUCUUCAGAGCCAUCAAAGAAUUCACACAGGGACAGGAGAAGCCAUAUUGAUGUUCUGACUGUGGAAACGAUUCUUGCACCAUAAUAGUUUACUGAUACACAUGAAAAUGUACUCGGAACAGAAGCCGUAUUGCUGCUUUGAAUAUGGUAAACGAUUCUCUCUUGGUCGUUCUCUUUAGAGACGCAUUAAAACCCACACAGGAUAGAAGCUGCAUUUUUGUUUUGAAUGUUGCAAAAAGUUUUUACAAGGAAGCUGUCCUCAGAGAUUUCAAAGAAUUCACAUAAGAAAGAAAAAAAAUACAGAACCUUCCCCAGAGUACAAUAUGCUAAGCAGCAGAAAAAGAAUUCACAAAGUUUAAUGAAAACAAAAAAUAAAUUAGGGAAACUACAAGUAAAGUGGUACAUCCAACAGCCUCAUGUAGAAACAAAACUUACGCAUGGCUUAUGUGGGGUGAACUACAACCAGAAUUUGAACACCUAAUCAUAGCAAUGCAAAGCAGUGGAUUGGGCACAAGGUGGUUCAGAUCAUAAAUACAAAAAAAUUGCAAAAGAUAAUCCAGAAAUGCCACUUCUACUAAAGAGAAUUGGAAAGAGUCACACGUCUCGUUGCUGGGUGCGAGGUACUGAUUGCUGAAGGAUUAUACACUCCACAACACAACAGCAUGGCCAGGCUCAUUCGCUGGAAACUCUACAAGAGAUACAACUUACCGGCAUCACAAAGACACUCGGACCGCACAAUGGAAAAUGAGAAGGUGCAGAUCAGUUGUAGCACAACAAUACUGACUGACUGAAAAACAGAGGUCAGAAAACCAUGGAUAACAGAAGUAUUAGUUCAUAGUGACUAUUCAGUCCUGAGAAUGGAGAGGCAAGAAAAUUACAAGAAAUGCAGUCUGAGAUAUGACAAAUGAAAUAUGGGACAAAAAAAAUUGUUCCUGUUGUUCUAGGAUCACCAGGACUGAUAAAGAAAAAUCUUCAGGCCUUUACAGAACUGCAAAAAGAAGCCUUAUUAGGAACAAUGGAGGUUCUACACUGAGUCCUUGUGGGGAAACUUACGAGAGUGAGAAGUUCACUAUUACAAUGAGACUGUCCUGACUAAAGAAUGAAGUUCACUCCUGUUUUGAUGGUAAGCACACCAAGAAAAUUUGGAAAAAUUAAACCUGUGAGAAGCUGAAUUGUUCUGAAUGUGGUAAACAAAUCGGGCACAGAAAUACUCUUCUGAUGCACAUUGAAAUUCACGCAGGAGAGAAGCCAUAUGGGUUUUCUGAAUUUGGCAAACCGUUUACACGGAGAAACAACCUUUUGGAUACAAGAGCAACAUUUUCUUACAAACAAUGUAGCUCAAACUGGUUUACAAGAUGUAAACCACUGGGCACUGGACACCACUGGGCAUUCUACCUAAAUUAGUCCUCAUGGUUCACAUGCUUCACAUGACGAAUUUGAUGAUGAUGGCCUUGUGGACACCUGGGACACUCGCCAUUCAGUCCAUAAACACGAGGCAGUGUGGUAUGUUGAUCAGGAGGAGGUGGUGGAGCACAUGGUCACCACAGGAGAAAUAGGGAAGACAGCAGAGAACAGUACAGAUUAAUACGGAACUUCACAAUCUAGAGGAAAAUGAGAAUUCAAUGCCCAUAUAGACUAACAACAAUACAACUAAAAUGUAGCUACGAUAAAGCCACUUUAAAAUAAUGGGGUUUUUAUCAUUUUUUUAUUGUUAUUAUUAUUGUUCUACAGUAUUAGUCUGGUGAAUUUCUAUUGGUAAAAUAUUUUAAAUUUUAGGUGUGUAACAGCAAAAGGCCACCUCACUAAUUCUUUUUGGAUUGACUUUUAAGCAGACAUUCAUUUGAAGAUCUGAGGUUAUGACUGAGAGUGUAAUGGGACAGACAUUCUAAAAUGUAGGACUGGGUGAGAUUAUUUAAGGCUGUGUAAACCACUACAGGUGGUCUUCUACUUACAAACAGGCUCCGUGCCAAGUGGCUGUUGGUAAGUCCAUUUUGUUCAUAAGUCCAGUUUCAGACACCCCUUGAUUUGAACAUGUAAACAAUUUUUUUCAGUAGUUUUUAAUGUUUUUUUAGCAGCUUACACGUAUUAUACAUGAAAUAAAGAUUAUAAUAACAAGAAUAAAUUCUUCCCACUCCUGCUGCCACCACUCAGCGGACAUGCAAAUUAUCCUUAAGUGCUGAUUUUGUACGUUAUGGGACUAUCUGUUGUAGUAUUUUAAAGUCAGUUCUAAAUGACACGGGUAACCAAUGAACCAAUGUAACGACGUUAAAGCUAGUGAAAUGUGCUGUUUUUCUUUUUCUAAUUAAGAUUCUUACAUUCUGCACUUACUGUAACUGAUUGAUGUCUUUCUUAGGUAGUCCUAACACACAAAUAUAUAUGAUUAA